AUGGCGUUCCAGCAGCAGGCUGGAUUGGGCAAUGGCGGCGCAGGAACAGGAGUCGAGCAUCAUGGCCCGCAGGGGACCGAAUACACGCUGCAAGGUCAGUGAUGGACAUAGCCACGGUUGCCGGGGCUGCUGUGGCGGAUCAAGCUGGAGCCACGGCAUAUGAGAGCUGACACGAAGAAAUAGGAGUCAUGCGCUUCCUGCAGAUCGAAUGGCACAAUCACGAGCGAGCGCGGAACGCCUGGGACAUCGAGCGAGCCGAGAUGAAAGCCAAGAUCGCGAAGCAAGAGGGAGAAUGUAGACAUGCGAAGCGGAUAAAUGAGCAGCUGGACCGGCAAGUGCGAAUGCUCGAAAUGGCACUCAAGAAUGAGCGGGCCAAAAGUCAUGGCGCAAACGGCACGGCAGCUACCUCGGAGGCCAAAGCUGCUGAGACAGAGGCGCACAAGGAUACCAAAUUCAAGACGAAGGCUGUGGAAGAGGGCAAUAAUGGUGAGAAGGCAAAGCGUGCGCAUGCAUCUUGCAGUAGAUGUUUGGGACUGGAAGGAUUGCUGACCUCGGGUGUAGCUUCAUAUGUCCCCCACAAUUCUUUUCUAGACACCGCAGAAGCGCAAGAAACCAGCGAGAAGGAACGAGAACAGUACCUGGACAACACAACAAAGUACUUGAAGAACUGCAUGAAGGAGAUCCAAUACCUCCUUACGCCCCCGCAACAUCCACCGCCUCCCCAGAUUCUACCCAAUGGCCAUCUUACUGGACUUCCGGAGCCUCCUCUUUCCGUGGAAGAUGUAUAUGCUCGGCAUCCCCAGCGAAACGGUCGGCAGUCUGGUCAGGUCCUACCUCAGCAACAGGCUGUGCCAAAUCACCAACCCCCUCCUGUACCUGCUCCAAUGCAAUCCAUGUCCCAGCGUCAGGAGGAAUCACGCGGCCUGGGCUACCCGGAAUAUCAUUCAAACUCCACCGCACCCUCUUCAGAGAUAAUGCAGCCGACGAUACAGCAUGCUGCAGCUCCAUACGAGGAGCACGUCGAGAACAUCACGCAUACUUACGAUAAUCGGGGACGAGCUGUGCAGGAGCCGGACAGCCAACUGCGCGGAGCUCGACAACAGGCUGACACGGAUGGAUGGACUUUUGAAGAAGAAACGCCCCCACAAUUGCAGCCUCCUGAGAACCCACCUCCAGACGUUCCUCCGCCCAGGCGGCCGGACACGGAUUUGUUCCCUGCCGCCGCAAACGCGUCUCAACUGUCCACCAAAUCCCCGCCCCGUGCCGCUGGCCUGCACGGUAGGCGAACGAGCUCAGGCUCGCAAAACAUGAUGAAGCGUCGGAAGAGCUCGCAAGGCAAGAACGAGAUUCAAGAUGCCGCUGCAGCUGCCAUGCUGGAUGAUCCAUCUCAGUUCAAGGUCAAAUUUGCACUGCGUGGACAUCUGGACGUAGUCCGCAGCGUCAUUUUCAGUGGUGGAGGUAGUCCGAGCGAGCCAGAAGUCUGCACAGCCGGAGACGACGGAACCAUCAAAAGAUGGAUUGUUCCUGCCACGUACCAAAGCUUCAAUCCUGGCAACAACAACCCGGACCUAGACAUUCAGGCAUCUUUCACACACCGAGGCCAUGACGGAAUCGUAACAUCCCUCGCUGCGCCACCGCCAAGCACUGGCUUCUCCACUGGAGGGCGGGCUACUGGCGAUGGUUGGAUAUUUUCAGGCGGUCAAGAUGCCACGGUACGAGUUUGGGAGCGCGGCCGCGUUGAUCCAAAGGCGACGCUGGAGGGACAUACCGAUGCAGUUUGGGCGGUCUGCGUACUCCCAGCAUCUGUUGGCGUGGUCUUCGGGCCGCAGAGCAGCAACUUCGGCGGACCUGAUCGACUUCUGUUGGUGUCGGGAUCUGCCGACAAAAGCGUGAAGGUCUGGGCUGUUAGCGCUCCUCCUCAGAGUGCGUCACCGUCUACUAACAGUAGACGCGGCGUUGGAGGAAGUCGAAGGCACAGCGUUACGAGCGGCAGCAACCACCCGACGAGUCCUCAACCGAGCGUCGCAAGCCCUACACCUUUCAGCUACACACUGGUACACACCAUCACCCGGUCUGAAGACAGUGAUGCGAGGCCGACGAGUAUCUGCCCCUUAUCUCCCACUGGCGACACUUUCGUCGUCAGUUACACGGACUCAUCUGUCCUCAUUUUCGAUACACGAACAGGAGAAGAGAUUAUCGGCAUGGCCAGCAACGAAACGUAUGAUGGAACGACGAACACGAGUAUAAACAGUAUUGUAGCAACUACUUCUGGAAUGGAGAGCUCUGGCGGUGGCGUGGCAGACGUGUCGCGAGGCCUGGACCCGGAUGACGUUGGCGGAGGAGCAACCGGAAGUCGAGAGGGUGUCGAAGGCGUAGUGAUAUCUGGCCAUGAAGACCGUUUCGUGCGGUUCUUCGAUGCCAAUAGUGGUGAGUACCAGUGUCUCCCUGCUAAGAUGAUCAUCUCACUGACUUUUCGACGCAGGCCAGUGCACAUACACCAUGCUCGCUCAUCCUUCCGCGAUCUCUUCGCUGUCUCUUUCGAAAGACGGCCGCGAAGCUGUCUCUGCCGGCCAUGACGCUAGCAUCCGUUUCUGGUCUCUGGAAAAGCGCAGCUGUACGCAAGACAUCAUCUCGCACCGGGCCAUGCGCGGAGAGGGCGUCUGCGACGUCUGCUGGAGCCAAGAUGGCCGGUUGGUCGUCAGCGCCGGCGGAGAUGGAGUUGUGAAGGUAUUUGCAAGAUAG